UCUGCAAGCACCAGCGAAAUCCGAGGGCCAAACCGAAAAAGUCACUCCGGCACCGCCAGUCCCCCGCCUCCUCCAAAUCCCCGACCGGCGCCUCCGUCCCGGCUUCCCUCCGCUCCCUGCCGCGGCGCCGUCGACGCCACCGCUGUUGCCUCGCUCCUUCCCAUCUUCCGCUGCCAUAGCUAUUGUAAGCAAGGUACAUUAAGACCGAAUCUCCUGUACGAUCCCGUGAGCCGCGCCUUUAGUUUUUGCGUCGUUCUAAUUUCACCUCGAAUGAUUCUAUGGAGAGAGAGAGAGAGAGAGAGAGAGAGAGAGAGAGAGAGAGAGAGAGAGAGAGAGAUCGCGUCUUAUGCUUGGGGUUUGGACAGUAAAAUCAGAGCUGCCUCCCUUUGGAAGGAGCCUACUGUAGUUAGUCUUGUCGAAUCGUCCACCAAUUAUAGGCUUAUAGCUGUUUUUUUCUGAAAAUUAUUAUGCAGGGAAAAAAAUCAUGAAUGAAACCACAGCUCUUGAUGGUACCGUUAAUUUCUUACUGUUGUUGUGACAGUUACGCGAAUGGCUGGAACUUGAAAUGCAACCAUGACUGCUGUUGUAGCUUAGCCUUCUAGUCAUCUAGUCCAUCUGCUACAUUACUUGGAUUUACUUUCACCCUCUGGUGGUGAUUCGCUGUUACCUGUACUCCUUCGCAAAAGCCCGAAUAACCACCAUUAUGUUUGUCUCUGCAAUAUACUACUAUCCAUCUCUGCAAAAUUCUAUUUUUCAUACAUGUCACAUACUGCAAGGGAGCUAUGAUAAUGUUCAGGACCCCACAAUCAGCGACUCUGGUCUUGGACUGAAUCCACACACGUUUUCAGCCUUUUAGGAUGUCGAGGAGAAGAAAAAAGAAGAACCAGAGACACCCAGGUAUCGUGAUCGUGCUAAGGAGCGGCGUGAAGAUCAAAACCCUGAUUAUGAACCUACAGAACUUGGUUCGUUUCAUGCAGUGGCACCUCCUGGGAGUGAUUUGAGGUUGGCGGAUGCCCACAAGAUUUCAAUUGAGAAAAGCAAAUAUCUUGGAGAUGCGCCAACAGAGAGAAACCCUAGGAAAACAUGUCAUGCACUUUCUUGCUGGUUAUAUUUCCAUGUUUUCAGGACAGGGUCCUUUUCAGACAGGGAUAACACGGAUUAUAUUGCUUGGAACAAUGUUACUAUUCUUUCUCACCUGCUAUUGCUAGCGCAAGCAGUUCCUCACCUCACUGUGCAUUACCUAUCAAACUGGAGCAUGGGCAAGGCCACAAGGCAACACUUGGCCAUUGGCUACCAAACUGACUUGAUCAUGGAAUAUGCAGGUGAUUUGGAGCAUACACAUCUGGUCAAGGGCCUGGGCUAUGCUCUACUUCACAAAGUACGGAGUGAAAUUGAAAAGAAACCUGAGGCAGAGGAUGGGAAGGAUGCAAAGUCAAGGGCAACAAAAGAAGAUCAGGCAGUCUCCUUCCGCACUGCAACUGCAAAGUCUGUCUACCAGUGGAUCAUAAAGCCUCAAAGCAUAAUUAAAGAGAAUGAAUUGUUUCUUCCUGGUCGGAUGUCAUUUAUUUACAACUUGGAGGAGGUAGUAACCAAUGACAUUCCAACAACUCUUCAUAGGAGCAAAGCUGAUUGCCCAGUUCAAGAGGAGAUGGUAACUGUAAGUGUGGAUGGUUCUGUACUUGACAGGAUUGCUAAAAUUAUGACGUACCUUCGGCUUGGAUCAUCAGGGAAGGUUUUGAAGAAAAAGAAAAAGGAGAGAGAUAUAAAAGGGAAGAACAAUUUGGCAAGUGGCGACUGUGAUGAGUCAGUAAAACCUUCCAAAAUUAAUGGUUCUACUCAGAAACAUCAAUCAGAUAUGCCACCACCACCAGCUCGACCCCCUCAGAACAAUAAUUUCACUGGAAAGGAGAAACAACCAGUCCCUGUUGCAAGAGCAGACGAUGAUGACAUUUUUGUUGGAGAUGGAGUUGACUAUACAGUUCCUAACGAGGAAAUGAGUCAGAGCCCUGUUUCUGAUAUGGAUGAAUCCCCACAUAACCAUCAGAAGCAGUCCAAUUUCAUUGAACCCAUGUAUGGCCCUGUACCACCAUCUGAACCUGCUCAAGCUUGGCAACAGCCGAAUGGGUAUGAUGCUGUUCAAGCCCAGAUGGCAGCUGCUGGAUAUCAAGGUGACUGGUCAAGCUAUGUGUAUGCAGAACAGCAGUUGGGUUAUCCAGAGCAGUACGUGCAGCAAAGCACACAGGAAUAUGAUGUGUUAGCUGACCCCAGUAUAUCACAGGAUCCGAGGUUCAUGACUCAGGCAGACAAGGAUCGGGGUUUAGGUUCUGUUUUCAAACGUGACGAUCAAAGGCUUAAUCAGCUGAGGGAAAAGGACGAACGGGAGAGAGAUCCAAAUUUUAUUUCAGAUAGUUACUCAGAGUGUUAUCCUGGUUACCAGGAGUAUAAUAAUGAGAUCGCAGGAAGCGAUGAUGAAGAUGAUUUAUCGAAGAUGGAUAUGGGUGGACGGGCGAAGGGCCGUCUUCACAGGUGGGACUUCGAGACUGAAGAGGAGUGGGCCAAGUACAACGAUCAGAAAGAAGCCAUGCCGAAGGCUGCCUUCCAGUUCGGGGUGAAGAUGCAGGACGGCAGGAAAACCAGGAAGCAGAACAAGGACCAGAAGCUGACGAAUGACCUCCACAAGAUCAACAAGAUUCUGGCUAGGAAGAAGGGCGAGAAAGAUGGGGCGGAAGAUGGCGGUCACUACGAUGAUGAUUUACCUAGCUCAAAGAAACAGCGUGGCUGAAGCAGUCAUUUUUUUGUUUUUGUUUCUCCUGCUCGUACUGUAGGCAGGCGAACAUUCUAUGAAGAGUCACAGUGUCAUGUUUAGCUGGCAGCUGUAUCCUGCUGCGUUUGUUUAAGGUGUCCUGGUAGGAAAUAUGUUGAUGCUAUUGAGCCGAAACCAUGGAAGGAAUGUGGCUAUAUAUAUAUAUAUAUAUAUAUAUAU